GGUACGACAGACGAAUUGAAAGCAUUUUAGAAAGUAUUGAUUACUAAAUUUUCUCGUACCUCUGGUCUCUGUUAUUAUCCUCUUACUUUCGAUAUAAUUAGAUGAUUGAAUUGUCUUAUUAAUCUUAAUAUUAGCAAAAAUGUCUACCACUGCACCAAGUGGCAAAGAAUCUUUUGAAGAUUUCUAUUCAGAGGUUAAAGAAAUUGAAAAACGGGACUCAGUGCUGACUCCAAAACAACAAAUAGAGAGGUUACUUCGGCCAGGCUCCACUUAUUUCAAUUUAAAUCCAUUCGAAGUACUCCAAAUUGAUCCUGAAUCAACUCUAGAUGAAAUCAAAAAGAAAUACAGAAGGCUGUCUAUACUUGUGCAUCCAGACAAAAAUAUUGAUGACUCUGAGCGAGCCCAGCAGGCCUUUGAGAUAAUAAACAGAGCAUGGAAAACAUUGGAAUGUGAAGACACAAGAAAAAAAUGCUUGGACAUUUACCAAGAAGCUAAAGAGCGUACAGAGCAUAUGAUUGAGCAAAAACGUAAGAAGCAGAAGAAAGAUAACCGGGCAUCUGAAGGUAUCCCAGAAGAUGACCCUGACAAAUACAAACAUUCAAUUUACGUUAUGACCAUGAAGCUAUUUGCUGACAUGGAGCGCAAACGUCAACACCUGGAGACCCGAGAUAUGGAAGAGAGGAAACGCAAGCGCGAAGCGGAAAUAGAACAGGAGGAGCAAAUGUCCUUUGAAAAAGAAUGGGCCAAAAACUUUGAGGAGUCACGACAAAAUAGGGUAGACAGUUGGAAGACUUUUCAGUCCGGAAGCAGCAAAGAGAAGAAAAAGAAGAAAAUUAUGGGUUUCAAGCCUCCCAAACCUAAACCGGAGAGCAGAUAACUAUGCCUUAUCAUUUCGUUAAAAUAAAUGUUGUGCUCCAUUUACUAAGAAUCUAUAAAAAUUAAGAUAUACUGCGUAAAGUAUGAUCAGCAAGACAGAUACAUAUUGUGAACACCAUAGAUAUAUAUACAACGUGUAACGGAAUUCCAAAAUACUGUUGAAGGGUGUAUAAGUAUAUUUCAUAAGGAAUCAAUCACACUGUAAAUAUAUAUAAAUCA